AUGUUCCUCACCCUCGCGGCUACGCUAGUUCUACUGUCCUCGUUCAUGGAGACAGUCUCUGCUCCAACAUACAAAAGUGCAACGGAUGCUUUUAAAGAUUUGACCGAAUUUAGUGAUGCUGAAUUUGAAGAAUACAAGAAGGCCGUACUUGAACGCGGAAAAACAGCGGAAGCUCUCAAGAUGAACAAAGCUAUUGCAAACAAGAUAAAAACAAUGAACAUGAAGUUGACAAAGCUUAUGAAGCCUGCUCAAGGGUUUGCUAUCAAUAUUAUUUAUUAUGCAUUGACGGAGAUGAAGAAAAAUGGAUCGCACGCUCAAAAGCUUCAGAAAGAUUUUGAAAAACUCCGCAAGGAUAAGAAAGCAUGCGAGAACCUUCUUAGCUCGUAUCCAAAGUUGAAACUAGGAAAAUGCUGAGUUCGCCGAUAAUCCUCGAGAGGGCACUUACAAACGCGAUAACCACCUAUUUUCUGAGCUUUUGUACUGCUUAAGAAUCUUAUUGUGAUUCGAUGCAAUAAAAAUCGAAAGCUUUA